ACAUCCUCCUGUCCUGGCUCCGAGCACAGUCCAAGCCCGCACCGCCCUCGCUCUCCGUCCACUCUCCCACAUUAACUCACCCCUGCAAUCUGCCACCGCCCAACAAGCCAUCAAAGCGAACCGCCGUCCAUAGCAAGCCCCUCCUCCACAGCCAGGGCAUCCAUGGCUUCCUCCGCGGCACAACUGCUACUACAGUGGGCGGCGGCCGCGGCCUUGGCGGGGCUGCUGCUCUCCAGCUUCUCCGACGCCGCGCACCACGUGUCCGUGCCCCCUUCCCCUUCCCCUUCGCGCUCUCCCAAGUCUUCUUCUUCUUUCCCCCCGGCAGCGUCCCCUCCAGCGGUAUCUCCCGCUCCGGGCCCGGCGGCGGCGCUGGACCAGGCGUGCCUGAACUCGCUUCUCAACAUGUCGGACUGCCUGCCGUACGUGCAGGCCGGGGCCGGCGGCGCGGCCGCGAAGCCGGACAAGGCGUGCUGCCCGGAGCUGGCGGGGCUGGUGGACUCCAACCCGGUGUGCCUCUGCGAGCUCCUCUCGGGCGCCGCCGACUCCUACGGCAUCGCCGUCGACUACGCCCGCGCACUCGCGCUCCCCAAAGUCUGCCGCGUCGCCACCCCGCCAGUCUCCACCUGCGCCGCUCUCGGAUACAAUGUCCGCCUCGGCCCUUCCGCCGCGCCCGGCGUCUCUCCCUCCGCCGAGGGCCCUCAGUUCCCUGGUUCUUCGCCGUUCGCCUCGCCACCGGCGCCGCGGAGCCACGCCGCCGCGCGCCGCUUCCCCGCCGCCGGCAACCUCGUCGCUCUCGCGGCCGUGGUAGCCCUCGCCGUCGGGGUGAUCUGAGAUUAAAAGUCCUUCUCACUUGCAUAUGCUUCCCCCCUCUGGCUCAAUUGCGGGUUUGUGCGUCUAUACUGUAUUAAUAUUUCUCGCUGAGAAAUUCCAUUCGGAUGUGAUGUCAUUGUCCUUGAUUGCUGGAUUCUAAUAACUUUGUCAUGCAUGCCUACCUA